AUGAGCUGGUUCCAGAAGCAAUUCACACUCGCUCCCAAGUCGCGGGGAUCUUACCUUAUAACUGAUCAGGUCGUCUCUUCUCUCCCCGAAAUUCGAGACUACAAAGUUGGCCUUUUGAAUCUUUUCGUCCAGCACACAAGCUGUGCCCUGAGUCUGAAUGAGAACUGGGACUCUGAUGUUCGUGAAGACAUGAGUGAUGCUCUGGAUAGAAUUGCUCCUGCGGAGGGCCCGAAGGGAGAGGCUCUCUACCGACACGAUGCUGAGGGGCCCGACGACAUGCCUGCUCACAUCAAGUCUGCACUUGUUGGAGCCAGUGUCACAAUCCCCAUCAAGGAUGGAAAGCUUGCUACGGGAACUUGGCAAGGAAUCUGGUAUCUUGAGUUCCGUGCGGCUCGGCACCAGCGACGUGUCGUUGCAACUAUCCAGGGAGAGAAGGCUUAA